AUGGGUUUGCCACGUGAAAGAACACUAAUUCUUUCUCUUGUAGUUCUUGGCAUGUGUUUGUGUCAAAUCACAUCAAGAACUCCAAGUGAUACACACAUAUCACAAAAACAUGAUCUAUGGAUGGCUCGAUACGGUCGUGUGUACAAAAAUAAUGCUGAGAAGGAAAUGCGCAGCAACAUUUUUAAGAAUAAUGUGGAGUUUGUCGAAUCGUUUAACUCAUUCGGAGAUCGGUCAUACAAGCUGGCUAUCAACCAUUUUGCUGACCGAACGAAGGAUGAGUUAAAAGCCUAUGCUACUGGGCACAAGGAUCCAGUUGAUUUGAAAUCACAUGUAGAAACAUCGUUUAAGUAUGAAAGUGUGAGUGAAGUACCAGAUAGCAUGGACUGGAGGGAGAAAGGAGCUGUUACUGAAGUCAAGAAUCAAGGCACAUGUGGAAGUUGUUGGGCAUUUUCAACAAUCGCUGCGGUGGAAGGAAUUACUCAACUUACAACCGGCAAAUUGAUGUCACUUUCUGAGCAGCAGCUUAUAGAUUGUAACCGAAAUGAUGCAACUGGCGGAUGUAAAGGAGGAAAUAAGGAAAAUAGCUUUGCAUAUAUUGUGAAAAAUGGCAUAAACAAUGAAACUGGUUACCCUUAUCAUGCGGCAGAUGAAACUUGCAUCUCGGCCAAUGAGGCAUCCCGGGUAGCCAACAUUACUGGUUAUGAAAUUGUACCAGCUAACAAUGAAACAUUAUUGUUGAAUGCUGUGUCCCAACAGCCUGUAUCAGUUUCCAUAGAUGCAAAUGCUGAUGAAUUCAAGUACUACUCGAGUGGUGUUUUUACAGGUCCUUGUGGUACAAAUUUAACCCAUGAUGUUACAUUGGUUGGGUAUGGAACAUAUGAUGGUAUCAAGUAUUGGUUAGUGAAGAAUUCAUGGAGCAAAGAUUGGGGUAUUGAUGGAUAUAUGAUGAUGCAACGCGAUGUGAAAGCCGUUGAAGGACUGUGUGGAAUCACAAAGCAAGCGUCGUUUCCAACAGCUUAA